CUAACUAUAUAGCUCAUUAAAAACCCUAGCUUCAUUUUGUGUUCUCCUUUCCAGCUCCCAUCAGCAGCACCACUAGCAGUAGCGGCGGGUAGCGUCGAAGCUUCAACAAUGGGGAUAGAUUUGAAAGCAGGAGGUAAGUCCAAGAAAACCAAACGUACAGCUCCGAAGUCGGAUGAUAUCUAUCUUAAGCUCCUUGUUAAGUUGUACCGGUUUCUUGUGAGGAGAACUCAGAGCAAGUUCAAUGCUGUGAUACUGAAGAGGCUUUUUAUGAGCAAGAUUAACAAGGCCCCACUCUCUCUUUCAAGGCUUAUUACGUACACAAAGGGAAAGGAGGGCAAGAUUGCUGUGGUCGUGGGAACAGUAACUGAUGAUAUUCGAGUUUAUGAGGUGCCUGCAUUGAAGGUCACUGCUUUGAGGUUUACAGAGACAGCUAGGGCCAGGAUUGAGAAGGCAGGAGGAGAGUGCUUGACAUUCGAUCAGCUUGCAUUGAGAGCUCCAUUGGGACAGAACACAGUUCUCCUCAGAGGCCCAAAGAAUGCUCGUGAAGCUGUCAAACAUUUUGGCCGAGCUCCUGGUGUGCCACACAGCCAUACCAAACCAUAUGUUCGUGCAAAGGGAAGGAAGUUUGAGAAAGCUAGAGGAAAGAGGAACAGCAAGGGCUUCAGGGUUUAAUUUUAUUGUAGUGAUAAAUUGUGAGGCAGUUUGGUUUGAUUUUGACUCUCUGUGCUCCAAUUUUUGUUCAACUUUAGGUUUCUAAAGAUCUUGUUCAUUUUAUUUCCAUUUGGGUUAUUGAUUAAUCCGCAUGGAUUUUUUAAUGCUCAGAUAUCAUACUUGGUUAUGCGUAAUGAAUUAUUGAAGAUCUCAAUUUCUCCC